AUGGCCAAAUCAGCAAGAGAACGCGGUACCGCUUGGAACUACCCUCCUCGGUUCUACGACAACCUCUCAAAGGUCUGGCUCGCGCGUCCCGCCUUACAGGAACUCGACCGCCGAAACUCCACUGCACCUCAAUCCAAGUCGUCUGUUCCCACUGGUGAUUGUUCUAGAGACCUUGCGCGAUUUGCGAGAAACGGUGGUCCAGAUCUCUGCCAUCUCCGAGGGUAUCCAGAGCAAAGAGGCGCGGCAACGAUGGCCAGCACAUCCUCUGCGUCCUCGUCUAGUCGACGUACACACAACACGAAAGGGACAGCCCUUGUUACUAUCAGGACAUCUGCCAAGGACAAGAACUUCGAACAACAUCUGAACGACCAUGGCGUCUAUUUCAGUCAUUGCAGGUCUAAAGUGCGGAAUAUAGACGAGAUCCGUGACCGUCUAGCACGAAAGCGGCCGUCGUUGUCACCUUCUCGGUUCUCACAAGGACAAUUCAAGACUUUUCGAAGAGCGGAUGACGAUGCCGUGUCUGAGGACGACAUCAUGGCCAGACUUAUUCCUACCAUUUGCGGCAAUACCGACAUCCAUAGCCAACAGGACAUCAUAUUCACCGAGCUCCUGCCCAUCACGACCGAGGACGCACCCAAGCCCCAAUCUACCCUCCUUGACGGAGCGCACAUCCAUGAGGUUCACGAGGCCCUUCGAGCCAACGGCCAGAUCCGUCCGAUGAUUGUGCCAUCAAAAGACAAGAAUGUCCCGGUGGCAGCCAACUUCUUUCUGGAGGUCAAACGCCCUGACGGGAGUUUCCUGGCCAUGAAACGCCAGGCUUGCUAUGCCGGAGCUUACGGAGCUCGCGCCAUGCACAGCCUGCAAAACUACGACGAGGAGAAGCCUGUCUACGACGGCGACGCCCACACCUUCAGCUCGCUGUACUACGGAGGGGUUCUCCAUCUCUACUCGCACCACGUUACCGCGCCGGCGACACCCGGAGGGCGGCCGGAGUAUCACAUGAUCGAAAUCAACGGUCAUGUAUUGACAAACAGUCGGGAGGACUUCCUCCGAGGUGUUGGCGCCUUGAGGAAUGCAAGAGACCUAGCGAAAGAACAUCGCGAUAGGCUUAUUCAGGCGGCGAAUGCGAGAGCGCGAGGAGACAUACCACCCCUGGCACAAGAGACUCUCGCAAGCACGGAAGCACUGCAGGAUACCGCCUUGAGUCCAAAUGUAUUUUUCGAUUGUCAAGAGCUCCAAGAGUCACAAAACAGCCGCAAUAUCACAGCUCUUCCAUCAUUUUGCCAAGAUUCGGACGGGUUGGUCCUCGAAAACGGAAAACCCGAACUGCCGACUUUUCUCAACGAUGACCAGCAAGACAACAGCCAGGACUCGGUGUCACUUGGUGCGGCCGACCAGCAAACAAGCUUGGCCACCAGCUUCACCUCGAGCUUCAGGUUAGGCACCGACCUGAGAGGCUCCCGCGUUGACUCCAAAAGGUGCAGGAACCCAAACAGUCCUCCAACGAGCCACCCGAAGAAACUCUGCCGAGGUGAAAGGAUCAAGGUAGACGGUGGGAAAGGAAAGGAUGAUAAAGCCUCGUCGUCCAAUAUGCCAGACGACAACGACGGCGAGUGA